AUGGCGACGGUGUCCUUCCCCUAUGCAACGCUUUGCGUCCAGGGCAUCAAGGAUGGGGUCACCAGUGAGGCACUGGAAGCUCAGUUUGAGCACUACGGGCGAGUGCGCAAUGUUAACCUGGCGCAGAACAAGAACAUGAAGGGGGUUCCUGACACGCGCAUUGCGCUGGUGGAAUUUGCCCGCCGGGACGACGCGCGGAGGGCAAUGCAGGAGCUCAAUGGGCGCAAUGUGCAGGGCAAAUGCGUGAUGAUCAGGUUUGCGAGGAGUUCACCGGGAAUGCGAUCAGCUGCGCCAGCUGUGCGAGUUGAUUCCGCAGACCGCCAGCCACGAGUUCCGGCCAGCCGACAGGACAUGGGCAUUGGCGGCAUUGUGGUAUCAAAGGAUGUGCGGGUUGUCGGCAUAUGCUCAGACAACGACGUGACGUUCACAACGUUUCAACGGCUCCGUGUUGGCGAGACGCAGGAGUCGCAGCCCGGUGCGGCGAAAGCGCAGCGCGAGUCCCCGAAGCCCCCGAAGGCCGCCGAGCCGCAGCGCCAGCCGCUGGCGGCCGGAGGAGUUCAGCUCCCCGGAGCCCGCCCGGACCUCCGCUCGAGGCUCAAAGCGACGCCGCACCGAGAGUCACAUGAAGACACGGUCUUUACCACGAAUCUCCGGGAAACCGCUUUGCUAGGACAGACGAAGCUCCGGAAGCAUUUUUUCGGGGAUAUCUACCGACAAGGAAACUAUGUUCCUCUUCACCCUGAGCUCUUCGAGAAUCCUCGAGAGAACUUGAAGAGGUGGCUGGCGCCUAGCUUUAUAGCUGCCGUCUCGGCGGGAGGCGGUCUAAAGGAGGCGCUGCGAGAAGAUGCUCCCGGCAUCUAUUCCUUUGAGCUUUUCAACUCAGAGUUCUGCGAAAAGCUGCUGGAGGAAGUCACCCAUGCUCAGCAGACCGCCCGCGAGGCAUUGGAUCGGCCUAACGGCAUGAACAGGUAUGGAGUGGUUCUCAAUCAACUCGGUUUGGAGCCACUCAUCACUGAGCUUCAGCAGGAGUAUCUCAUGCCGCUGAUGAUGGCAUUGUAUCCGCAAGAAGCUGAUGGGUGUCGCGAUCAUCAUUGUUUCAUCGUGAGGUACAAGGCUGGUGAAGACGUGGGCCUGGACAUGCAUGAGGAUGAUGCCGAUGUCACCCUCAACGUAUGCCUUGGAAGAGAGUUUGCUGGAGCAACGUUAACUUUCUGUGGAUUGGUCACUGACGCGAAUCACCGAAAGAUGCAGUACACCUACUCGCACGAGAAGGGCCGCGCGGUCCUUCACCUAGGGCGACAACGUCACGGUGCAGAUGACAUCGAGUCGGGAGAGCGGGUGAAUUUCAUCCUUUGGUCCGUCAGCGAAAAGUACCGCUCGUCGGAGGCCUAUCAGAACCACCGGCUGCGAAGCUCCUCGGCGGAUCCCCCGGACAGAAUUUGCUUGUCCUACACGCACGAUCGGGACUACACCAAAUUCCUUCCUAAGCCAACGAAGGCGCAGGCCAUCUCGCGAGGAGUUAUGCUGGACGUGGUGGAGCGAAGACUGGAGGUUUACAACCGACCAGUGCUGGACCUCUCUCGGCCCAUCGAUGAGAUCAACUCCGUGCCUAGCGUUUGUUUGUUCCUGGAGGGUCUGCCUCCGUACAGGCAGCAUCAGCUUUUCCAAUCCCUCAUGGAAAUCGCAGAGGAGGUGCACGACUCUGUUGGCAAGCAGGAUGGAGAAGUGCCAUCCAUUCUGUUCUUUGUGGCGGUGCAGCCGUCGGGUGCGGUGCCACAGGUUCGAGAGCUUUGUGCUGUGACUGCCAGCCCAGCGCUUGCCAUCCUGGAUGUGGACAAAGAACAGCGCUAUCGCUGGGAGUCUGACAAGGACUUGGAGGCUCCUGUUCUACGAGACUUUGUUCGCGACUUCCGCGAGGGUAAGCUGAAGGCCGAAGUCAUUGGGAGUCCGGAAGCCGAGCCACCUGCUGAGCCCAUGGAGGCCAUGCCAGUGGAGGCGCCGUCGGGACCUUCCGCCAGCACCUCCUCUACGGGAUCUCGGUCACCUACCGAGGCGCCCAGAACGAGCUGCAAUUUGCUGUGA